AUGGAGCUCAGCCUUGCGUCGCCGUCGGUGCCGUCCCUUCUCCUACUCGCGCUCGCCGUGGCGUACGUCUACUACACCACGCGCUGGCGCAGCCGGUCGCCGCUCCGGCUGCCCCCGGCGCCGCCGGGGUGGCCGGUGAUCGGGCACCUGCACCUGCUCUCCGACAUGCCCCACCACGCGCUUGCCGAGCUGUCGCGGAGCAUGCGCGCGCCGCUCCUCCGGCUGCGCCUGGGCACCGUGCCGGCCGUGGUGAUCUCCAAGCCGGAGCUGGCGCGCGCCGCCCUGACCACCCACGACGCCGCCCUGUCGUCGCGGCCGGACCUCCUCUCCGGCCGGGUCCUGUCGUUCGGCUGCUCCGACGUCACGUACGCGCCGUCGGGGCCGUACCACCGCAUGGCGCGCCGGGUGCUCGUCUCCGAGCUCCUCUCGGCGCGCCGCGUCGAGGCCUGCGGCGGCGUCCGGGCCGAGGAGGUCCGCCGCCUCCUCGCGCACCUCACCAGGCACGCGUCGCCGGAGGCGCUGCCCGUCGACCUCGGAGAGUGCUUCCUCAACCUUGCCAACGACGUGCUCUGCCGCGUCGCCUUCGGCCGCCGGUUCCCGCAUGGCAAGGGCGACAGGCUCGGCGCCGUGGUCGAGGAUGUGAACGAGCUCUUCGGCGGCUUCAGCAUCGUCGACUGCUUCCCGGAGCUCGAGCCCGUCGUCAGCGCCGUCACAGGAUUCCGCCGCCGGCUCAAGAGCUCCGGCGCCGAUCUCCGCAAGUUCUGCGACGACAUCGUCGACGAGCACAUCAGCGGGAAGCGCCAACGCGUCCCCGGCGACCGCGACGAGAGCUUCGUCGAUGUCCUCCUCCGCGUUCAGAAGUCUCCGGACCUCGAGGUCCCCCUCACCGUCGACAACGUCAAGGCCCUCGUCCGGGAUGUUUUCGUCGGAGGCACGGACGCGACGUUCACGACGCCGGAGCGGGUGAUGGCAGAGCUGGUCCGCCACCCGCGCGCCCUCAAGAAGGCGCAGGACGAGGUGCGGCGCGUCGUCGGCAGCAAGGGCCUCGUGGAGGAGUCCGACCUCGGCGAGCUCCACUACAUGCGCGCCGUCAUCAAGGAGACCCUCCGCCUCCACCCACCCGUGCCGCUGCUCGUGCAGCGGGAGUCCGUGGCGCCGAGCACGCUAGGCGGCUACGACAUCCCGGCCAGGACCCGCGUGCUCAUCAACGCAUUCGCCAUGGGCCGGGACCCGGAGGUAUGGGAGAACCCGCUGCGGUACUCGCCGGAGCGGUUCGAGAACGGCGGCGGCAGCGACAUUGACUUCAAGGAUGCAGACUACAAGAUGUUGCCAUUCGGCGGCGGCCGGAGGGGUUGCCCCGGGUACACGUUCGCCAUGGCCACUGUUCAGUUGUCACUGGCCAGCCUGCUGUACCACUUCGAGUGGGCGCUCCCGGCGGGCGUGAGCGCUAUGGACGUCAACCUCGACGAGAGCUUUGGGCUCACCACCAGGAAGAAGGAGCCGUUGCUCGCGGUCGUUAGGAAGAACGAUGGGUACGAGUUUAAAGGGGAGGAGCUUAAUGCUGUGUAAGAAUAAUUAGAGAAGGGAUUUUUAUGUCCUAGCCUGCUAGACAUCUUUAUUCUUAGUGCAAAUAUAAGUGUCUAGCCUUGUGCUUGUGCCA